AUGGAGCGUGGAAGGAUGAGUCGAGUAACAGGCAGACCAUCGGAGCUGCCUAUGCGGUUGCAGGACAGCAACAGGAUGAGCGUGGCGUAUACAACACCCCAGAGUAAACAGCCUUCUUUUGGGAAGCUGAACAUACCCAAACCGCAGUCUGGGACCUCUGAAAGGCGGACCAGCUUCUUUGGUGCCCGGACUAGUGGAGCCAGCAUGCCUCGCAACAGCAUGAUGUCAGGGUUCGGAGGAACUGAGAAGAUCAAAGACGCCAGACCUCUGCAUGAUAAAUCCUAUGUUCAGCAAUGCAUCAGACAACUGCAUGAGUUCUUGACAGAGCAGGGUUACCCAGGCACUUUGUCAGCCAAGACCCUCCAGUCUCCCUCUACCAAGGAGUUUGUGAAGAUGUUUGAGUUCAUCUACCGCCUGUUAGACCCAACCUUUGAGAUGCCGAACUCAAAAGUUGAGGAGGAGGUUCCAGCUAUCCUGAGAGCCCUUAGGUAUCCAUUUGUUCUUUCCAAGUGUUCAAUGUAUUCUGUUGGAGCUCCCCACACCUGGCCUCAGGCCCUUGGUGCUCUCAUGUGGCUAAUUGACAACGUCAAGAUCAGCUGGAGUUUGAGUAAGCAGGAGCUCCUCUUCAGUGACUUCUGUGAAGACAGUGACAAUAUCGAGGAAGGGGCUGAGUAUAACAAGCUCUUCCUGGACUUCACAGCUGAGACAUACAGCAAGUUCAUGCAGGGUGAUGACACAUUUGAUGAUGAGGAUGAAGCGUUCCUCAAUAAACUAAGGAAGCUUUACAAUGUCGAUGAAACCCUACUGGCCACGAUGGAGGAGAAGCACAGAAUGCUUACUGAUGAGGUUGAACGACUGGAGAAGGAGAGCCAGACGGACCGUCUGGGGACCAAGAGGAUGGAUAGGAUGAAGCUGCAGGCAGACCUCAAGAAGCUCCAGAGUUAUCGAAGCAGCCUGGUGUCCUUUAAAGCCGACCAGGAGAACAAAUUUUCAAAACUGAAUGAUGAGCUGGAGACCACAGUCAGUCAUCUGGAGUCUCUGAAACAUGAACGAGAUGAACUGCAACAACAGCUACAGAACCAGAAGUUCACACCAGCUGACGUGGAGAGGAUCAACAGAGAGAAGAGGGAGCUCCAACAGACCAUCUCCAGUCUCAGCAAGUCUCUUGAAGACGCUGAACAGCAUAAGUGGAAUGAAGAGAUCGCUCUGGCCAAAGUGAAAGAAAAGGCGGAGUUGAAGCUUGCGGAGUACCACAAGCUGGCACGUAAACUGAAGCUGAUACCACUGUCUGCAGAGAACGCCUGUGGUCAGGAUUUUGAGAUGAGGCCGUUUGAAUGUGGACCCGGCAGCAUGGUUCAGCAUAAAUCUCAGAAACAGAUGCUCCUGAGAAAGCUGAUCAGUGAUGUGGAGGAGGAGAACAGUCGAUUAGCCAACGUGAAACUCAGUCUGGAGGAGUCUUGUGAACAGGUGGAUUCUAACAUCUUGGAUAAGUCCAAUGACCUGAAGCAGCUGAGAGAGCAGAUUCGCAAGCUGGAUGAACGAUUGGAUUUGGACAUGCAGGAGCAGGCCAGAGAGGAACAGCACUGGGCAGAAGAGAUGGAGUCAGUGGAGAACCAUCGUAAGGUUCUUGAGAAGAAGGUUAAUUAUGGUUACGACGAGGCUAUGCAACAGCUGAAGGCAGCACAACAACAGUAUCACCUGGUGCUGCAGGAGACCAAUGAGGAGAGACGAACACUGGCCAACAACCUUGCGUCUGUGUUUACCACAGCUGCUAACCACUUGUCAAUUACAGAGAAGUCCAUGGAGGAUCUGCACAGCAAAGUGCAGAGGAUCUGCUCUAAGGCUGUAGAAGAGGACGAGGCAACUAUACAGACCAUGCAGCAAGCUUUGAAGAACUUCAAAGCCAAAGCAGACGGUGUAUAAUUCCUUAUGCCUCAGUAUGGAUGUCUUUUUCUGUGUUUUGUGGACAAUUUUAGCUUUGUUGGUUCUCACUCACUCUCUCAUUCUCUCUCACUCUCUCCUGACGUUUUUAU